AUGGCCACGCUUGCAGGUGUUCUUCCAAAACCAAGACGUCAACUAUUAAAUUCAGAACAGCAGAAUCAAUUUGAACGCAAAUUUGAUGAACUCACAGUUACAAAGCAAAAAGAAUUACCGCCUCCAUACGGUAAACGGGUAGGAUGGAAACCAAGAAGUUUGGAUGACUUUGGAGACGGUGGUGCGUUUCCUGAAAUUCAUAUAGCCCAAUAUCCAUUAGAGAUGGGCCGCAACAAAACGGGCACAAGUGGUGGAGCCCUUCCGUUACAAGUUGAUGCAGAAGGCAAUAUUAAAUAUGACGCUAUUGCAAGACAAGGUCAUACCGAAUCGCGAAUUGUUCAUUCACAAUUCAAAGAUUUGGUUCCAGUUAAUCAAAGAUCUGACAUUGAACAAAUAACUUUGGAUAGGCCUAGUGAAGAGGAGGUAAAAGAAACAACUGAAAAGACGAGAGAAGCAUUAGAAAAGAUAGCUGCACAGCCAAAAAAUGUCAAAAACGAUAAACCAUCAGAACCAACGUAUAUACGGUAUACUCCUGGACAACAAGGCGAAGCUUAUAAUUCAGGUGCAACGCAAAGAAUUAUUAGAAUGGUAGAAAUGCCUGUUGAUCCGAUGGAACCUCCAAAAUUCAAGCACAAAAAAAUUCCGCGUGGCCCUCCAUCACCACCGGCACCUGUAUUACAUUCUCCUCCUCGUAAAGUAUCGGCCAAGGAACAACAAGAAUGGGUAAUUCCUCCAUGUAUAUCCAAUUGGAAGAAUGCAAAAGGAUACACCAUUCCACUUGAUAAACGUUUAGCCGCAGAUGGACGCGGUUUACAAGAAUAG